UCUCAAACUCAGACAAAAGCGUUGUAAACAAGUCGAAAAUAAUAUUAGCUUGACGUUGCAUUUUUUAAAUACUAAGUGUCUUUUACCACUUUACUAAUCCAUUAGAUCUAAUAAUGAAAAUUACAGUUACAACACUGUCGGACGAUAUAUUUGUUUUAGAUGUAUCCGAAGAUUUGGAACUUGAAAAUUUUAAAGCAUUUUGUGAAGUGGAGUCAGGUUUUCCUGCUCCCGAGAUCGUAAUUGCAUUUAAUGGAAGGCCUUUGAUGGAUGAUAAAAAGUCUCUGAAAGAUCAUGGGAUAAGGGAUGGAGAUGUCGUUAUUUUGCAACACAUGCUGCAUACAUCUUCUUCAACACUUUUACAAGGGGGACCAGAAUUGCCUAAUUUCGACUUCAGCUCCAUCCAAAUACCAGGAUCAUCUUUGCCGAGAGCAGCUGCAAAUCACAACAGCUCUCAACAAGGAAAUUCAGGUAGCAGAAACCCUCCUAUCAGUGUCGCACCUGAAGAUGACCCCGGGAUGAUUCGGGACAUGUUUUUAGCAAAUCCUGAUCAACUGGCUUUACUCAAACAAAAUAAUCCACGCUUGGCGGACGCCUUGCUUAGUGGAAAUUUAGAUACUUUUGCCAAUGUCCUUCGUGAGCAAGUUGCAGCCAGAGCCGAAAGGCAACAGCAACGCUUACGAAUGAUGAAUGCUAGUCCUUUUGAUACAGAGGCUCAAAGACUGAUUGCCGAAGAGAUUCGACAGAAAAACAUAGAAGCUAAUAUGGAAGCAGCGAUGGAAUAUAAUCCAGAGACUUUCGGAACAGUUGUUAUGCUGUAUAUUAAUUGCCAUGUAAAUGGAUUUCCAGUGAAAGCAUUUAUUGACUCAGGGGCUCAAACAACAAUUAUGUCUGCAUCUUGUGCAGAAAGGUGUAAUAUAAUGAGAUUAGUUGAUAACAGGUGGGCAGGUAUAGCAAAAGGUGUAGGAAUUCAGAAAAUCAUUGGACGCAUACACAUGGUGCAAAUCCAAAUCGAAAGUGAUUUCUUAACGACAUCAUUUUCAGUUUUGGAAGAGCAGCCUAUGGAUAUGUUGUUAGGACUUGACAUGCUGAAAAGACAUCAGUGUACAAUCGAUCUAAAAAGAAACGUUUUACAAAUCGGAACGACUGGUACAGAAACUCCAUUCUUAGCGGAGUCUGAAUUACCAGACUGCGCAAGGUUGUCUGGAGGUGUCGACGACCAGGAAAUGUUAGAUAAGAGCGCUCGGGAGCACGAGCAAAAACAAUUAGAGACUGCACUUGAACAAAGCCGACAAAGUAAGUAA